AUGCAAUCCAAGGCUCUUUUCGCUCUUGCAACCACUAUUGUUGCUGCCUCCGCCAAAAACAUUCUGCUCACCAACGACGAUGGAUGGGCAGCCACCAACAUCAGAGCUCUGUACAGAGACCUCAAGGCCGCGGGCCAUGAUGUGAUCAUGGUGGCCCCAGCAGAACAGAGAUCUGGUUACGGAGGAAAGUUCCAGCUCGACUCCUCCAACACCCUCCAAUACGACACUUUGUUCAGCUACCCUCCAGCAGGCUCUCCAUCGUGGGGACACGAGGAAGACGACCUGAACGUGUGGUAUUACAACGGUACUCCUGCCGCCUGUGUGGCCGUUGGACUGGAUUACAUCAUUCCUACCUACUUCAACAACAUCAGCGUGGAUCUGGUUGUUGGAGGUCCUAACGAAGGUAACAACCUGGGAGAAAGAGACUUUGUGCUUUCCGGAACUGAGGGUGCUACUUUCUACGCCGUGGAAAGAGGCUACCCAGCCAUUGCUUUCUCCGGAGCAAACUCAAACAACUCCUUCUUCAAGGACAACCUAGAUACCGAUCCUAAUCACGCUCCAAACAUCUACUCCAAGAAAUCUGUCGAGCUUAUCCAAGCGCUGUUUGAGAAACAGGGUGACAACCCAAGAGCUCUUCCUCUGGCUACCGGCUUGAACGUCAACUUCCCUGUUGCUGGCUCGGACCUGGAAUCCGACUGUCUGGAUCCUCCAUACUACCAGUCCAGAUUCACCGGUUCAGACUAUGUUCCGUACGCUAUUGCCUACAACGAGUCUACUGGUCUCGUGGACUGGGCCAACGCCGAGACAGGAACCUUGGACGUGGCCGCCGCAGGUGACUCGUCUCUGCCUGCCGAGUUCAACGUCGUCAACGGCUGUGCCUCCUCCAUCACUGUGUUCACCUUGGACCCAGACGCUCAAAAAUCCGCAGUCGACCAGAUCAUCGGAAACUUCCAGUCUCUACUGGCUUGA